UGGGAAGGCUCGUUGGGGCCUCCUCCAUCUUACCAGUCCGUCGCGUUGCCGUUGCCUGAGGAGAAGAUGGCACAAAGGGGCUGCGCAGCCACCACCACCACCUUGUCGACCUGCGGCCUGGCAGACUGAGUGAAGGAAGGGGCCUUUUUUUGAAUAUCCAAUGUGUAUCUCCAAUGAGAAUGUCGGAAACUAAACCAGCCAUUUUCCAUCCAUUCCACUUGUUACAAACUCCUAUGAUGCAAAGGCCACCAUUCAGGAUCCAAAAAACAUUGCUCUUAAAACUGUCUAGAUGAUUGUCGUUGCUUUGAUUGUGUUCUAUGUGAGCAGAAGCCUUCUCCAAGGUUUACGGCUGACUCUUGAACAGCAUAUUCGUUGUUUUCUGCAAACCUUGGGGGAUACCAGCAUGGGCAACUCCUGUGUUUGUCGAGAAGACAGCGGGGCAGAAGACAAUGUGGAGUCCAGGAGUCGCCAGACAGAGAACAGUAGAAUACCAGUACCUGAAACAAGGAGCCAUUUGAGAGACCCAGUAAGGCCCCCGCGGCGGGGGCGGGGGCCGCAUGAACCAAGGAGGAAGAAACAGAAUGUGGAUGGAUUAGUACUUGACACGUUGGCAGUAAUUCGGACGCUGGUUGACAAUGACCAGGAACCUCCUUAUUCAAUGAUGACUUUGCACGAAAUGGCUGAAACAGAUGAAGGCUGGCUGGAAGUUGUCCAAUCCUUAAUUAGAGUUAUUCCAUUAGAAGAUCCCCUGGGACCAGCUGUUAUAACUUUACUACUGGAUGAGUGUCCAUUGCCAACAAAAGAUGCGCUGCAGAAAUUAACUGAAAUACUGAAUUUAAGUGGAGCUGUUGCUCGCCAGGAUGCCUGUCAUCCUGCCAAACAUCGAAACACAACUGCAGUACUGGGCUGUUUGGCAGAAAAGCUUGCAGGCCCUGCAAGUAUAGGUUUACUCAGCCCAGGAAUACUGGAAUACUUACUGCAGAGCUUGAAUUUCCAGUCCCAUCCAACAGUAAUGCUUUUUGCACUAAUAGCCCUGGAAAAGUUUGCACAAACAAGUGAAAAUAAAAUCACAGUUUCGGAAACAUGCAUCAGUGACCAGCUUGUCUUGUUAGAGAAAUGGACAAAUCACCCAGACUAUUUGAAACGGCAAGUCGGAUUCUGUGCCCAGUGGAGUUUGGACAAUCUAUUUUUGAAGGAAGGAAGGCAGUUUACAUAUGAGAAAGUUGACUUGACCAACAUUAUGGCCAUGCUGAAUAGUAACGAUGUCAGUGAAUAUCUGAAGAUCUCACCACAUGGGUUGGAGGCCCGAUGUGACGCCUCCUCUUUUGAAAGUGUUCGAUGUACCUUCUGUGUGGAUUCUGGAGCUUGGUACUAUGAAGUCACAGUCAUUACUUCAGGAGUGAUGCAGAUAGGCUGGGCUACCAAAGAUAGCAAAUUUCUCAACCACGAAGGUUAUGGUAUUGGGGACGAUGAGUACUCCUGUGCUUACGAUGGCUGCCGGCAGCUUAUUUGGUAUAAUGCCAGAAGUAAACCACAUUCCCACCCAUGCUGGAAGGAAGGUGACACAAUAGGAUUUUUGCUAGAUCUACAAGAUAAGAAAAUGAUUUUUUAUUUAAAUGGAAACCAGCUUUUUGAGAAGCAAGUCUUUUCUUCUGCUGUGUCUGGCUUCUUUGCUGCAGCUAGUUUCAUGUCUUACCAACAGUGCGAGUUCAACUUCGGCGCAAAACCUUUCAAGUAUCCACCGCCUGUUAAAUUUAGCACCUUUAACGAUUAUGCCUUCCUGACAGCAGAAGAGAAAAUAAUUUUACCAAGACACAGACGCCUGGCCUUGUUAAAGCAAGUUAGCAUCCAAGAAAACUGCUGCACUCUUUGCUGCGAUGAAAUAGCAGACACAGAACUCAGGCCGUGUGGGCACAGUGAUCUGUGCAUGGAAUGUGCCUUGCAACUAGAGACCUGCCCCUUGUGUCGACAGGAAAUACAGACCCGAGUCCGACAGAUUGCUCACAUUUCAUGACACGUGGAAAAAUCUCGUGGAUUUUGCCUCUAAUCCAUUCCAUCCAGUGCCAGAGGGGGAGACGGGCAUCCUGAACCAGUCAGUUGACCUGCUGAACGUCCAGCCAUGCCCCUGUUUUCAUACUGAACAAGAGCCUUUUCUCUCCUAAGAUGAAGAUCUGUGAAAGUGACUCCACUGCCUCAGAGCUGUGGAAUCUUCUUUUAAUAGUAAUGAAAGCUUGGGUGGGCAACACAGAGUUACCUGUUUGGUAUGUUUGUAGCCAAGACUGCUGGAGUCUCAUUCUCUUUCCCUCACAACCCCCUCCCCUUUCCUUCCUCCAUCUAUCCCUGCUCCUUCUGCUUGCCGAUCACAUGCGGAAGAUUUUGCACUGGAAAUGUUAUGGUUCAUGAUCCCCGUAAAAUGGGGGCAUAUCCAUCUCUCAAACCAUUUUUUUUAAUUAUUAUUUUGGCAGCCAUCAUGCACAUGAAACAAAAUGCCAAUAUUUCCUGGUCAAUGUAGCUUCCUGCUGGUCAGA